AUCCUGUCUUUCUAUUAGAGUCCCACGGUCAGCAUCACUCUUACGCGCGAUACGGUUAGUCGUGAGGCCAUCGACCCCGACAUCUUGGUUCACCCGCAGCACGAUGGAAUUGCUGGAUUAUCUGAACGGCGUGCAUCCUGGGGUCCAAAUGAAAUACAUCAACAACCUUCUCUCGCGCAAGGUAGCCCCAGUCGGUGGAGGUUUGCAAGCCUACAGAUGAGUCAGCAAGACACCCAAGCCUUCGGUAAUUCCCGAUGAUAGUCCCCGACGCUUCUCCCCCGAUGUGGGAGAUCCUUCAACAGUCUUCCUUCGGACAGUAACGCAGCAGGUUACUCUGGGCUGCGUAUCCUACGCUCAUUGUUUGGCUCUAUCAGCUACGGCCUAUCAGGUACUAACGCGAUCUACACCGGCGUCGACAUGGCGCCCUUCGACGAUCUGCCUGUUGAACUGACAGAGGCCAUCAUUGUCAUCACUCCUCUUCGCGAUUUGAGCAAUCUUUCGAAGACAUGCAAGAGAAUUCGAGCGAUUGCCUUGCGGACAAUGUUUCGCAGAAUCGAUUUUCAGUGGAAUUCAAACAAUCCUCGUGGUCCACCAGUCACUGCACUGCUUCGAAGCAUCCUUGAAAAUCCAGAUCUCGGAAAGAAUGUCAAGGAAGUAGUCCUACAGGCUGUGAACUACCGUGGCUUCCAAGCACCCGGAUUCAAUGGCGACAUCCUUCUCCCGGCGCAUACACAUCGCAUUCCUGCAUAUGAUUGGGAGAUGUUCGAAAAAGCUCUAGAAGGAUGCCCAUGCGAAGAGAAGGGCGAAUGCGAUGAUCCGACCACGCGAGAAGGGAACCUGAACGCUGGAAUUGGAGUCUUGAUCUCGUACUGUACACGGGUGGAGUCGCUAAGCAUCGACAUCGAACUAUUGAUGCACAACUACCGCCUUCCAGCUAUGCUCAGGAGCACACUAUACCGGUAUCUCGGUCCUUGGGGAAAGCAGUCCUGGUUCGAGAAAUUGAACCAGGUAACUAUCACUCACACCGAUGCUCACUAUCGCACCCCCCGGGAUCACGGCCGAAAUGAGGCAAACUAUGCGGAGAAUCUGCCAGUGCCUACGCAAACCUAUCUGUAUCUAUUCUACCUCCCAAACGUGAAAACCCUGGAUAUGUCUUUUUUCCCCAACGUAAGUGCCUCCGAGGGCAUCCAGAAAGAUACUCUACGACACACAGUAUGGCCAUUCCCAAAAGCACCACUAGCCUUCACACUCACGACCCUGCGCCUUCGGCGCUCGCCCGCACUCCCAGAAACGCUCAUGCUCCUCCUCGCUACGACCCCAAGCCUCGUAACACUCGACUACGACAUGUUCGUUCCAUUCGAGAAGGCACCGGUGUGUUUAGCGACACUCCGACAAGCCCUGGAAUACGUACGUUUCACGUUGAAGGAUCUGGCCGUACGGAUCGAGAUCUUCGGUGACUUAAUCGACGAGGUGGGCGGCCUAUUAUCCGACCACGAGCUGAGUGUGCCGGCGUGCGUCAACGCGCUUGGGUCUCUGCGCGACUUCCACGCCCUCACGUCGCUGGAAACUUCGUUUGCGGUACUCUUUGGUCAAGAUUGGGAGCCAAAGCGGCGUCCUCUCACGGAUCUACACUCUCUUGGGGAUCUGCUGCCUUCGAACCUCCAGCGGCUUGUUCUCAGCGACGAUCUCUGGGCCGUUUCUUACUUGGACUGUUGGACCCAGCUCACGGCGCUUUGCGUACUGAGGCGGUUCUUCGCAGGGCAGACGCUGGAGGGCGAAUGGCCCGACCGCGCAAUCCAUGAGACACGAGAUAGGGCCAUGAACUGGGUGGCUGAUAGAGCGCCAGAGUGGAAAAGAGCAACGCCCAACCUUGUCGAAUUCUUCCUGGACUUCUCAAAGCGUGGUUGGGUGGAAAGAGGCUACAUAGGUCGCGCAGACCAGCGCGAAUCAUUGAAGCAAGUCUGCAUAGAGCAAGGAAUCAGCUGUGAAGUCGAAUGCAGCACGUAUGAUCUAGACGAUCACCCUUGUCAGACACAAACGAUUUAGACUGAGCCAAAGCACAUCUGCAGCAGGAUCUGAGGGCUGGUGAUUGGCGUGAAGGCCAUGGCAAGCUCGCACUCGUAGGAACGAGUAUCACCCGGUCUAGAUAUUCGAAUG